AUGUAUAAGGACGCAGAAGUGGUAGUCCUCAGAGCAGUGAGAGGCCAUGACGCCAGACUCCCUUGCGGCCAAGGAAAAGUGUUCCUAGACGGACCUGACGCUUACGUGCUGUGGCUGAAAAAUGAGAGAGAGUUCCUGUACCGGUUUCCUAACGAAGAGACACAAAGAAGAUCACUCUCACUAGACCAAGUAUUCGGCACAACAUGCGUCGCAGGCGCCUGUCACGAUGACACCUCUCUCCUUCUCAAGCGUGUGAGCGACAGAGACAGCGGCAUCUAUCGGUGCCGCGUGCACUACCAAGCGUCACCUUCGGUGGAUUACGUCAUCGAUAUAAGACUCGUUGAUUCCCCAGGAACCCCCCAGAUCUACAACGACGCUGGUGAGCCGCUGAAGAGAGGCCACAUCCAGCACAUCAGUCUCGGGUCCAACUACACACUCACCUGCGAAGUUGCUGAUGAGCCCGACACGCUUCUCUUUUGGCGUCGCAACGGCAUCGUCAUCGAACGCGCGGAAGCGUCGCGUCCGCGCACGCUACGCGCCACAGUCAGCGUGACCAACGCGUCGCGCGCUGAGCUGGACGCGCACUACGAGUGUCUGGCGCAGAACGCUGACGUCACAGAGCCACUCAGCGCGAGCGUUCUUGUCACUAUGUACUCGUGGAGAUACGGCUUUAACAACAACGUGGACUUCGAAGCCGGACAGCCGCGAGUGGUCGACUGCGUGGUGGUCGGCUGCGUGCCUCCGCCAUCUAUUACGUGGCAUCUGGGAGACACAUUGCUAAGACCGAGUGUGCAUAAGGAGCUCCACGACGGAAACUACACUGUGUCCUCAUUGACGCUAGCGCCAUCUCUCCGCGACGGCGGGCGCGAGCUCGCGUGUCGAGCGCACAACUCCCACCUCCCCGGCCAGGUGUUCCAGGACCAGGUCACACUGAACGUGGGCUAUCGUCCAGUCUGUCUAUCAACAGGCGAGGAAACUAUUGGCGCCGUGCCUGGAGAAGCAGAGACAGUGACCUGUGUGGUGGAAGCAUCUCCAGAGCCCCUACAGUUCAGCUGGACCUUUGCUGACUCACGGACUUUAUACACCAGCGUCAAGCUUCCCGGCCACCAGCACCGCUACAGCUCAACUCUCACCUGGCUCCCCCGCCCCGGCGACUACGGCGCACUGCUCUGCCGAGCGACGAAUUCGUUCGGCGAGCAGAAGCGAGCGUGCGCAUACGCGGUGGCUAGAGGAGGCCCACCUAGGGCGCCGCAGUGUGUCGUUAAAGAAGCGGGGACGUUGAGGGUUCAGUGCAAGAAAGAUUGGGACGGCGGCCGUCCCCAAACAAUACACUUGGUGGUUCGCGACUCAACCGGUACGGUGGUCACCAACGCUUCCGACCCCGCCGGCCACUUCCAACUAUCGCUGGCCGGGCGCAACUUGAGCGCGGUGGUGUACGCGAGCAAUAUUAGAGGACGGAGCGAAGAUGUGGAGCUACAGAUGCAUAAUACGCCUAUGAGCGCUUUUGCAGUCACAGAGCCAUCGCCGGCGCUCGGCUGGGCGCGCUGGCUGGAGCUGUCGGCCAUCGCGAUCGCGGUGACCGGCGGCGUAGCGGCGGCCGCGCUCUGCGUGCGCGCGGCGCGGGCCAAGAGACUCGCCGACAACCCCGACUUAGUCCCGAGGGCUGACGGGGCGUUUCACCGCGAGCCAGACUUCGUCGGUGGAGAGCGGGUGCUUGGAACAACGAAUAUCACCGUCAACCAGCUGGCUGCGUGUCAGAAUGUAAGUAAUCAAUACUCCUCAUCGCCAGUACCCUCCUGCCGAGUGCUGGUGGGCUGCCCCCACCCUCCACAAGACUCUUGUCCAGCCACGCAGCAUUCCUACUACGUCUAAGUCCGUUUUCAAUCCGAUCCGAUAUCGGAUGUCGGAAGAAUUUCAAUGGAAAAAAUCCAAGAUGGCGCCUGUAAUGUAUGAGAUAUCGGAUGGGAUAAUGUGAAAACGCAGUAACAGCCACUCUGGUAACCACAUGUGACGUCACAAGUGUAUGGGUCUCUUCAAACCUAUCGACGCGGAAUCAGCUUUCGCUGACCAAAAAUCACUCGUUAGUAUGAACAAAGAGGAUCGAGUAUUAUAGAGAGUUACUGUCAAAGUAAAAUGUGUAAUCACUGUGUAGGUAUAGACUGCCAUCUCUCGACACAAGCUUAAAACUUUUAACCUCAGUUUGGUAAAUUUAGCCCAUAUUGAGCUGAUAUGUGUUAAAAUGU